UUGUUUGAAUUACAAAGCUCGAAUAUUUUCUAACAGCUUCUAUCUUGCGUUAUUUGCUUCCGUAUUCUUGAAUUUCUGUCCCAAACGAGAAAACGUAUCUGAUGUAUAAAUACGCAUUAUGAAUUGUAUCAAUUGAUACAAUUUUUCGUCACCUGUGUGAAAGUGUGUAUCACCAGAAUGGCUAUUUCUGCAUCCUUCCAUCGAAAUAUCACUUUAUUGAAUCAAUUAGUCCCACCAGACCAUGAUUUCAAAAAACAUUUUCGCGAAGGAAUGUUUGACAAACCAAAUACUGCUGGAUUUAUAUAUGUUUCACAUUAUUUGCUGACAAUAUAUGAUGCGGAACGUUUUAAAAGAGUAGUUGAAUGGCCAGUAAUUUGCAAGAAAACCGAAACCAAGUAUCGUAAUAAUGUUAAGGACUAUUUAAAUGUCAUUGCUUUGGAGAAUCCUGACAUAGGAUUUCCACGCGUGGUUACUACCUAUUUACAUCAUGCAAGUGGUACUAAGUUUAUAACUAUAAUGUGGAAAUUAUCUCAACUUGUAAUAAAAACAUAUCUUAUGCGUGAUGGUGAAUAUGAAGUUAUAUUUGCACCGAAACCAAGUCUUGCAAAUGACUUGGUUAAAACAUACCUACAGCAGUCCAUAGCAACUAUCAAUUCUGAUAUAUUGAGUCGUCAUAGAAAUUACAUACAAAUGGAAAAAGAUGCGAAUUUUCUAUUAGCUUUUAGGCAAGAGAAAGAACAUUUAAAAAAAAUUAAAGCAGAAUUAUUUGAUAAAAAACAGUCUUUAAUAAAAUGCGCUUCUUCAGCGCCUGUUACCAAAUCUUCAAAACAACGGUUGGCAGAUGUUGAAGAUACAGAGAUUGUAUCAAUGUGGAAAAAUAGUUUAAAUGAAAAUAUACAAUAUAUACGAAAACGAAAUAUGAUGUUACACGAUUUGGAAAAAUUGUCUGAAAAGACAAGUGGCUUAAUAUCAAACCUAUUGAAUAAUGUAAAAGCACUCGAUAAUAAGCAGCUAGAAAAAAUUAAUUGUUCCCAAAUAUUGGAACAUCUUUUUUCACCUAAUGUUCAGCAUUGUCUUCAUCAUUUGUAUAAUGAUAAUAGAUUGGUUUAUCAGAAUUUCAUUCAUCUAUUUACUUUGAUGUUAUAUCAAAUUUAUCAAAGUCUGAGAAAGGAUGAGUUAGUCGAUCUGGCUCAGUGUCUCUUGCAAGUGGAAGCAAGUGCAGAAGACAUGAAAUCUAUGUGCAAUGUAUUUAAAACCUUCUUGGCCAACAUGAUAAGUUCUACAGAGGAGAUGCCAAAUGUUUUGUGUGUGAAAAGUAUAGAACGUAUAUCUGAGGAAAAUAUUUUACCUUUUGUAAAAAAUGUACUUCUUAUGCCCUCGCCUCUUAUUAAAAUUAAUACUAAUUGCACGAAUCAAAAAAGCGAUACACAAUUGCAGUUUACUCCGGGUGAAAUUGCGCACAAAUCAUUAUUUUCGAGAUAUAUGCGGCACAAUAGAAAUUGCACACCAGAUUUAAAAACGAAUUUAUACAUAUCACAUAUUAACAUUAACAGUCACACUAUGUUAGACAGUAAUGAGAAACAAGAAUUACGUUUUGUGACACCUAAGAUGAACCAGUUAUGUAAGAAAACAACAGGAAAAUACUCUCGCUUAUUUGCUACACACAAAAAGAAAAAUAUAAAAGUUAAUUCUAGCAUGAUAUCUCUGCAAUCUACCGCACAUUCCAAUUCUGUCAUUACAAGUAUAGAAGAAAUACCUAGUUCAUCGGAUUUUAAUUUAGAUGCUAUAGCAAAAAGUUUUUUCAAUUGGAAUGAAGAGGUUUCUUAUUCAUCCGAACAAUUAACUCCAAAAAAACAAAAUGUCUCAAAAGUUGCGUCCCAGCAAGCGAAAGAUCUUGAUUGCGAGAUCAAAGUAAAUAAACCUGAAUUGGAUGAAUUUACAGAGGUUCAAAUUUUAAAUGACGAUAAUAAAGGUACAAUUGUAAAACGUGAAAAUGAUUCAAGAAGACGGUCCAUUAGUGACUUAGUGGAACGUUAUAAGAAGAUACUGGAAGCCAGCAAUAAUUCUGUUACAGCGAAGUUAGAAAAUAAGUUUAUAGACCAAGAAAUUGAAUAACAAAAGGGUGAA